AUGGAGUCGGAGGGCCAGGACNNNNCGCCGGGCGAGGGGGAGGCGCAGGGGCACGCCGGCGGUGUGGCUGAGCCGGGGGCGAUGGCGAUGGUGCCGGUGCCGGUGCGCGGGGGGUACAUGGUGGUGCCCAAGCCGGAGCCGGUGGAGCUCUUCGGGGGCGCCGGGGCCGGGGGCGGGAUGGUGGUGCGCAAGCCGCCGCCCAGGAACCGGGACCGGCACACCAAGGUGGAGGGCCGCGGCCGCCGGAUCCGCAUGCCGGCCGCCUGCGCCGCCAGGAUCUUCCAGCUCACCCGCGAGCUAGGGCACAAGUCGGACGGCGAGACCGUGCGCUGGCUGCUGCAGCAGUCCGAGCCGGCCAUCGUCGCCGCCACGGGCACCGGCACCGUGCCCGCCAUCGCCACCACCGUCGACGGCGUGCUCCGGAUCCCCACCCAGUCCUCCUCCUCCGCCUCCUCCGCCGUCGUCGACGACGAGGCCUCCGCCAAGCGCCGCCGCAAGCUGCAGCCCACGCGCGCCGCGGGGCCGCUCGCCACCGUGCCGCCCGCCGCCGCCUACUACUCCGUCCUCGCCGACCCCCUCCUGCAGGGCGGCGCCGGGGGCGCGGCCAUUUCCGUCGCCAGCGGCCUCGCUCCCAUCGGCGGCCAGCAGGGCCUCGUCCCCGUCUUCGCCGUGCCGUCCGCCGCUGGGGCCGGCGGCGGCAACCACAUGAUCCCGCAGGCCACCGCCGUGUGGAUGGUCCCGCAGCCGGCCGGCGCCCCCAACCAGCCCACCCAGUACUGGGCCUUCCAGUCCGCGCCCCAGCUCAUCAACCUCGCCGGCGCGCAGACCAUGCCGGCUGGAGCUGUGUUCCCCAACGUCGCCGCCGACUACCAUCAACAGCAGCAGUCUGCCUCUACCGUGGUCCAGAACACCAACUCGGACCACCAGCAGUUCAGCCACCAUCUCACCGGCGCCGAGUCGCACGAGCAGCAGCGCCGUGACCACCACCCGGAGGAGGACGACGCCGAUGACGACGACGAGCCAGUCUCCGACUCCAGCCCAGAAGACUAA